CGUGCGUUGUAAAUACAUAGUAAGUAAGUACAUUACCUACCUAACAUACAUAAAUGUAACACUGACCUAUCUACCAUUGACCCUUCAUAUCUACAUAUCCCUUUCUCCUGCCAGCCGCCCUUUGUGAACCGAUUCCCCUUUGUUACUAGAAUACCGUAAAGCCGCGCCCUUUCCCUCAAUCUCGUGCCUGUCUAUCUAUUCUCGAGUAGGGGUUUUACUCGAAACUUACCUAGACACCUACUCCAUCCUUAUUCCAUCCCAAAACAGGAAUUGCAAAGAUGGUGUUUACCCCACCGCCCUGGGUGCCCGAGUUGCCUUUCGACCCGCCAGACUCAAUCCCGCUCCACGAAUUCUGGAGCGACGAGCGGUAUGGCCGGCAAUCGCUCGCCAAGUCGCGGAACCCGUACACGUGCGGGAUCACGGGGAAGACGUACAGCGCCGCCGAGAUGACGGCGCGGUACCAGCUGCUGGCGCGGUCGCUCGCGAAGCGCAUGGGCUGGCGCGCCAACGAGGAGACGCCUUGGGACAAGGUCGUUGGUGUCUUUUCCCUGAACUCGAUCGACUACAUGAUGUCGACCUUCGCCGUCCACCGCCUCUCCGGCAUCGCGACGCCCGCCAACGCCAUGUACUCGGCCGCCGAGCUCGAGCACCAGCUCCGGAGCUCCGGCGCCAAGGCCCUCAUCACCUGCGUCCCGCUGCUGGAGACGGCGCUGAAGGCGUCGCGCGCGUGCGGCAUCCCCGACGACAGGGUGUUCCUGAUGCGGCUGCCGGGCCAGUUCGACCCCGUCCCGUUCAAGAGCCUCGACGAGCUGAUCGAGGAGGGCAGGGCGCUGCCGGAGCUGCCGCCGCUGGCGUGGGCGAAGGGGCAGGGCGCGCGGCAGGUUGCGUAUCUGUGCUAUUCGAGUGGCACGUCGGGGUUGCCUAAAGCCGUCAUGAUUGCGCACAGAAACGUGAUCGCGAACAUAAUGCAGGUCCGGUGGCACGAGGAGCCCGGACGAAGGGCGAAAGGCGUCGAGACGCAGAUCCAACUCGGCCUCCUACCGUUCAGCCAUAUCUACGGGCUGGUGGUUGUCGCGCAAGUAGGCACGUACCGGGGCGACGGCGUGAUUGUGCUGCCCAAGUUCGAGUUGAAGACGCUGCUGGAGACGAUCCAGAGGUUCAAGAUUAACUUUAUGCACAUUGUCCCUCCCAUUGUCAUACAGAUGCUGCGCAACCCCGACCUGUGCGCCAAGUACGACCUGCGAAGCCUGCGGAUGGUGUACACGGGCGCCGCACCGCUCGGCGCCGAGACGCACGAGGACAUGCUGAAGGCGUUCCCCUUCCUGCAGGUGGCGCAGGGCUACGGGAUGACGGAGACGAGCACGGUGGUCCUCAGCACGAGCGAGACCGACAUCAUGAUCGGCACCUCGGGGUCCCUGGCGCCGGCAUGUCGCGCGAAGCUGAUCGGCGAGGACGGGCACGAGAUCAUCGAGUACGACAAGCGCGGCGAGCUCUGGGUCCAGUCGCCCUCCGUCACGCUGGGCUACUUGAAUAACGAGAGAGCGACGUCCGAGGCGUUCGUGUGGGAUCAUGAUGGCCGCUGGAUACGGACGGGCGAUGUGGCGGUUGUAAGGAAGGCGCCGUCGGGGUACGAGCAUUUUGCCGUGGUCGAUCGGUUGAAGGAGUUGAUCAAGGUCAAGGGCCACCAAGUCGCGCCAGCAGAACUGGAAGCGCAUCUGCUCAGCCACCCUGCCGUUAACGAUUGCACAGUCAUCCCCGUACCCGACGAAAGCUCUGGAGAGGUGCCGAAGGCAUUCGUGGUUAAGGCUGCGUCAGCGGCGGCGCGGCCAGAUGCAGAAGUCACGCGGGAGAUUCACAUGUGGGUGGAAGAGCACAAAGCCAGGUACAAGUGGCUGAAGGGCGGGAUCGAGUUUGUGGAUGCGAUACCCAAGAGUCCUAGUGGCAAGAUUCUUAGAAGGCUGUUGAAAGAUAAAGAGAGGGAGAAGAGGAGAGCUAGUGGGGCAAAAUUGUGAGUAUUUGGCUGGGAUUGGAUUAACCUAGGAUUUAUGUUAUUAGGGAUUUCACAUUGGAUAUUUGGAUACGUCUUGAUUUAGACACACAUAUUCAUAUACGAAGAUAGAAAGA